AUUUGCUGCGACAUGAUUAUGACAGUAAUGUUAACAGUUAGAUUAAUCAGUGUCUUGGGAAUUUUUGUUUUCAAUGCAUUAAUGUGGGUCCUAUUUACCAAAUCAAUGCACCAGUGCUCUUCUACCCUUGAGGCAACUACUUUCAACUUGUCUUCCAAUUUUAUUUCCACGGCCAUUGUUGGUAAUUUACUCUUUGGAGAGAAUUUAAACUCAGUCUGGUUUGUAGGAUCACUGUUCAUUAUUGUUGGAUUGACAAUUGUACACAGGUCAUCUGAUGACAUCACUUCUACAAAGAGUCAACAAUGUAUAGAGAAAGAACAGAGGGAUAAAACUAAAACUUUGUAGUUGGGAACAGGAAGUGCAGUCAGAAGGGAGAGAACUCUAAUGUUUUAUUUAAAAUGGUUGUUUUUAUCAUGUUGGCAAUAUGCAAAUAACAUCAUGGCCUCAGCAACAGCUAUUGUGUCCCAGCCACAUUCCAGAAAAUUCAUGAAGAAUAAAAAAUAAAAUUGGGGACAUGUGAAUUUUUUUUUAUAAAGCUUAUAUUAACUCGCACUUUGUGUAAAAUCUCUAAUUCUUUCAUACAGUUUGCAAAAGCUUCUUGUCACACAUGGGUCUCACCUCUGUUUUAUAGUUCUUCCAUCAUGGUUCGAUGAUGACCACUUUUGUCAUCCAGUGCACUGUGGUUUUGUGCCUCAUGUGGCUGGUGAGACCUAUGUGAGCCCGGAAUGUUCAGCUGCACACUGCAGAUUAUUUCAUCUGGAGCUAGUGUCAUUAACUUUGCUAUUUUCUCUGACACUUUUCUUCUACCAGCACUGUUCUCCUUGUCCUCUGCAAUUAGUGUGCCAGUUUUCACAGGGUGACCCCAUGAUGCUCUGUCCAUGUGCUUCUGUCUCCCAGGUGGUUCAGAGAUGUGUUAGGGUAUCUUUGAAGUGUUUUCUUUGUCCACCCUGUGAGCACUAAAUAAAGGAGUCAUUUAGGGAUGCAGGAGUCUUCCAUUCUGCAGAUGUGACCUGCCCAUCGCAGCUGAGACUGCAUCAAGAUUGUGUGGAUGCUUUGCAGGCUCUCUUUGGUGGACUUCGGUCAGUAUCAGGUAUUUUUUUGCCAUUUAACAUUCAGUAUUUUUCUGAGACAGAUCAUGUGAAAAUGGUUCAUUUUUUUGUGUGCAUGUUUUCUACAAACUGUCCACGUUUCUGAGGAAUAGAACAAUUUGGGGAGGAUGACAGCUUGAUAGACUCCUAGCUUUGUACUAGUGGUAAUACCUAGUCUAUUCCACACAUUUCUAGACAGUCUAUCAGGAUGCACUGGCCUUGGCGAUAUGCAAAUUGAUUUCAUUAUCGAUAUUUCUGUUUCAGGAGAGUGAGCUUCCAAGCUAGGUAAAUCUGCCCACUGCAUUUAUUUCCUGUCCAUUUAUCUUAAUGCUUGGGUCCAAAUAUAAGACUUCAGUCUUUUUUUGUUUUUAUAGUGACCAAAGUCUGAAAGGCUCUUGAAAAUUCAUUGACUCUGCAGAUCAAUUUGGGAACAGGCAUUUAGGGCACAGUCAUCAGUGAAAAGCCCAUCCCUGAUUGUUGCUGAUUUUGUUUUUUUGAUUUUGCUUUGAGCUGUGGGGUUGAAUAAGCCACCAUCAAAUCUGUUAUAUUUAUUCCACUACUAUCUCUGUCUAUGAAUGCAUCUGUCAAAGUAGCUGAGAACAUAAGACUGAGUGUGGGUGCUAGGACACAACCUUGUUUUACCCCAUUUGAUACUGCAAAGGGCUCUUUUCUUUACAGUUACCCAACACAAUUUUGUUAGGUGCUUUUAUUGUGUGCUGCCUUUUGCAAGUAAAACAAUUUGUGUCUAGAUUCUCUCCCCCCCCCCCCCCCCCCCCCCCCAUAAAACUGGAACAGACAAGUGCUAAGAUCGUAACAUAUUGAGAAAACUAAAAGCAUGAAAUAGCGCUAAAAAAAAAACAAUUUGUAAAAAAUAUGUCUAAUCCCACAGAUUUAUUAUUGUUUGUCUAGAUCUAUUCAAAUUUAAUACUUAACUGAUCUAUUCUAAUACAACUAUGCUUAUUAUAAGCUUUGAUUUAAAAAAAAAAAGUAUUUAUUAUAUUUUUCUUGUUUUAUUUUCUGAAUCUAAUUUAAUUUCGUUACUUUUAACUCAAAACAUGAAGCUUUUUUUUUGUUAAAUGCAUACAUUUCUGUAGCUGUUUUUUUUCCCUUUUUCUUCUAAGGCUUUAAUAACUUGUAAUUAUGUUUAGAAUGAACGCUUCUUGGCACUUAGAUACAGUGCUACUAAAAAAAACUGUUCAGAGAAUCUAUAUAUAUAAUUCUUUUCUUCCCUCAACAGUUUGGACGAGCAAGAAGUAAAGGAAAGAUCACUCUCUUAUUUCUGCAGAUAGUAACCCCACAAAAAAAACAAGAGGGGGGGGGGGGGAGAACAAGUGGGUAUUCACACGUUGCUAUGGAUGGCUGCGCACCUGGACUGUCAAACCCUGCCUGCUCCCACCCCCCUUCGUCCUGCAGGAGGUUUGGACUAAGAAGUAAACUAUCUUUAACUCUAAAGGAACAUCUGAAACAUGUAAAACAUUUUACAAACACUAAAUAGCAGCGCCGGACUUAACCAUUGUGACCAAGAAGUCAUGGAAAGAGAACAAGUAAUCUACUAUGUAUAUUCACCUGUCACUAAAUAGCAGGGUCGGACUUAAGCAUUGUGGGGCCCUAUGCUAAACGGAUUUCGCAGGGCCAAGUUUGGGUAGGGAAGCAGACAAUAAGUGAAAUUUAAGAGUUUGUAUUAGAAAAUAAAUUCAUCUAUGCAUUCUAUUCAUUCUUUUCUACAUACAGAAUUACUUUACAAGCGUGUAGCAAAGUCAUACAGUAUAUCAUGAUAAUUAUGUUUCCUACAUAGCUCACCCUCCAUAGCAAGAAUUACCAAAGGUUUCAAUCUAUCUUUGAGAAUUGUUGACCUCAAGUAACUCUUCAUUAGUUUGAGGCACAAGAAGCCUCUUUCACCAGAUUACACAAUCACGGCUAAUGCAUAAUGCCGUUUUUAUUUAUCUCGCGUAGGAUUGGCUUUUUCCAUAUUGAAUGACACCCCAAAAAGACAAUUUUUGUCUAUAUAUUUCUGUAUAUUUUAUGGACUUUUUCGUAUAUUUUGUAAUUUUGGGAGAUUUCCAGGAGCUUCUGGUAAAUCGACAGGAGGGCGCGGGAAAUCUGUUUUAAGUUAUUAUAUGGUUUAAUUUAAUAACUAUUACCCUUAGAAUUAGCGCAGGUCCUAUGAAAGUGCGGGGCCCAAUGUGGUCGAAUAGGUUGCAGUGGCCUAAGGCCGGCCCUGCAAAAUAGUGGCGUAUGCUACUCCGCCAGUUGACUAGUGUGUAUAUAUAUAUUACAAGGUUCAUGAAUUGUGAUGCUAACAACGACACAAUUGAAUAGACCUGUAUAUUUGAUGUUUUUGCUCAAAAAGAAAAAAAAAAGUCGAGAACAGUUUUUUGUUUUAUUUAUUUCACAUACUUUUAAUUUAGAAAAGAAAAAGACUGUAUUUUCCAAACAUGGUAUUCAAGUUACCAUCAAGUUCA